AGAUUGAAUUAGUGUGGACUGUGGUCUGUGGCGGUACAGGUACUCCUCCGCCCAUUCCCAUAGCACACUGUGCUGUGCUGUGCUGUGCUGUGCCUGUGCGACCGAAAAGGGCAACACAAAAACUAAUACUACUACUAAUGAUGACGGAACCCUUCCUCUCUCCGGGAUCGCCUCCAAUCUCAACAUCCCCUACUCCUACUCCUACUCCUACUCAUUCCCCUUCUCUCUCCUCCUCCUCCUCCUCCUCUUCUUCUUCUUCUUCUUCUUCUUCUUCAGGGGAAGACAGCACAGGCGACAACUACUAUCCACGCCUUACGCUGAAUCUAUACUAUGCAAGGUUAAAAUGCCCCUCACUGUUACAAGACAGAAAACCUUUGGCAACGAGCUCCUGGUUUCCGCGCGGUCGACGCCUUCCAAGAUAUAGAACUAAAGUUUCCAAUGAGGCCAAAGUGAUGGCUGAUAAUCCAGCUGGGGUUCCUGCAGACGGCGUCUCUGAUGCGUGUCCAAGCCCGCAGCGGAAGAGAUGCAAGCGAAAAACUAUGCCAAAGAACGAGUCGAGUGAUUCAGAAGUGAUUUUCCUGCGAGGUGCUCGUGUCCGUGGCUGUGUAAGAAGAAACAGGAGCCAGAGUAAAGCAAUCACCGACGAGAGAGGGAAACUAGACUCUUCAACGUUCGUUCGUUACUUUACGGACAUAUGGAAUGCUCUUCCUGAAGAUAAGGUGAAUUCGGUUGCGUAUUUUGACCCUCUGUGGUUCGAUCUGUACGCCAAAGGAAACUAUCGAGAGAUGGUUUUGAAUUGGAUCAAGGAGAAGGAUAUUUUUUCGAAGAACUAUGUUUUGGUUCCGAUAGUUAUGUGGUCGCAUUGGAACCUACUGAUCUUUUGCCACUUAGGCGAUUCGAAAAUGAAUACACCUUGCAUGCUGUUGCUCGAUUCAUUGCAAGCUAUAGGACCUAAACGAGUCGAGCCUCUGAUACGAAGGCUUCUCAUUGACAUAUAUCGAUCAGAGGAUAGGCCGGAGACGGGCAAAGAGCUUAAAAAGAUGCAGUUCUUGAUUCCCAAGGUCCCGCAGCAGAGAAAAGGCGACGAAUGUGGAUAUUAUGUUCUCUACUUUAUAAAACUGUUCUUAGAGAAUGCUCCUGAGAAUUUCGACGUAUCUGCUGGCUACCCGUACUUUAUGAAGCAAGACUGGUUCGGGCCUGAAGAGAUUGAGCCGUUCUGCCAAAGGCUGGAUGCUCUUCCCGUUGAGAACGAUGAUUGUUCUUCUUCUGCAGAAUCCGGUGAUCUAGUAUUGAUCGAGGCGCCUGCCUCUUGACAAGCCCCAUACAUAGAUAAGAAUCUCAUGAUGCAAACCUCUUUUGUCCCAUGUCUGAAUCUCAAGCAUCAAGAACUAAUACGGAUCGCUAGGAAUGUACUAAAUAAUCAUCAACAGCAUUUGCAAUGCCGGUUAGAUCCUUUUCACUGCAACAUUCACUUAUUGUUUACUACUCGAUUCUUUAGGUAGUUAUCUAGUUUCUAACCCCCGGGCGAGGGUACCUA